AUGGAGAGGAACGCAACUCCAGCUGGUUCAGAAGGAACUUUAUAUGUGUUUGGUCCGCAGGCACUGUCGCUCCACAGAGGCUACUUCAGCAGGGUGCGGUCCCACGUCAAGACCGACCCAGAGGCACGAUGGGUGCUCGACGCUGUGCAGGACUGUCUCGACAGCUGGGAUGCCCUCGAAGAUGCCAUUCCCGACCUGCGGCAGAUCCAGGGAAGAGCACAGCUGGAAACAUUGUUGGGCUGGCUCCAGAACGAGAUCCCAGACCUGGCAGGCCCGUCAACGCCUCAUCUCUCCAACACUAUACUGGGCCCUCUGGUCAUCAUAUCGCAUCUCUGGGAAUAUGAGCAAUUUCAACAAGGACGGCUGGACGGGCCCAGGGGAGAAAAUGAAGUAGCGCUGGGCUUCUGCCUUGGGAUUCUUAGCUCGGUUGUAGUUACCUACAGCCUCAGCCGACCUGAGUUUCAAAGGAAUGGCGCAGCAGCACUCCGCCUGGCCAUGGCUGUCGGGGCGAUUGUCGACGCCCAGAAUGUUGGUCCGGGCACCUCGUCCUCUCUUGCGGCAGCAUGGAACUCAAUCGGUAGAGGGGACCUAGAGAUGGCAAAGAUCUUGGUGGAAUUCCCAGAUGCGUACCUGGCAGUGUCCUACGACCGCAACCGAGCAACCUUGACGGCCUCUAGAGCCUCGAUCAUGAGCUUGAGGGGGAGGCUUGACACAGCUAGAAUCACCACGUCGGAGUUAGGCCUUCACGGCCGAUUCCAUAACCCAGUCCAUCAAGAGAACCUAAAGUCCCUGCUCCGAUUCUGCAGCCAACAACAGGGGUUUCGAUUUCCAAACGCCUCGAGCCCAGCUAUGCCGCUGCAGAUGACUUCGACAGACCGGACGACAGUGCAUGCGUUCUCCAUGUCAGCAGCCCCUCAUGAGGAGGCACUGCGGGCAAUACUGCUAGACCAUUCGAACUGGAUCGGGACAUUCUCCAGGGCGCUAGAGACUACACGGCGCUCGUCAUCAAGUACGACUGUGCGGGUCGUGUCAUUUGGACCUGAGCGGUGCGUUCCCCCGUCCAUCUUUCAGGAGCACCACACCCAUGUCACGCACUUUGGCGAACUUGAUGGCCAACAUGAAGAUGCCGAGAUACGCGACGACGACAUUGCCGUCACCGGGAUGGCAUGCAACGUAGCCGGCGCAGAGGACCUCGAGAGCUUCUGGGAGAUCCUCCUGGCGGGCAAGUCCCAGCACAGAAAAGUCGCAACAGACCGAUUCGUCUUCAACACCGUCUUCCGACCCGACCAUGAUCCAGGACGAGACUGGUUCGGAAACUUCAUCGAGGAUGCUCAGGCCUUUGACCACCACUUCUUCGGCAUCAGUCCCCGCGAGGCCGUCUCUAUGGAUCCCCAGCAGAGACUGCUCCUACAGAAUGCGUACCAGACGGUCUCGCAGUCGGGCUAUCUCCAGGACCCUCCUCACCAGCGGGACCAGAGCGUGGGCUGUUAUAUCGGUGUCUGCGCCACGGACUACGAGGGAAACGUCGCGCACCACGCCCCUACCUCCUUCUCAGCCACGGGCAACCUACGAAGCUUCAUCUCCGGAAAGGUUAGCCAUUAUUUCGGCUGGACCGGGCCUGGGCUUACUAUUGAUACAGCCUGCUCAUCAUCUGCCGUUGCUAUUCACCAGGCCUGUCGGGCCAUACUAAACGACGAGUGCAGGGCGGCUUUGGCCGGGGGAACAAACUUCAUCAGCUCUCCGCUGUGGUACCAAAACCUAGCCGCAGCUUCUUUUCUCAGCCCGUCUGGGCAGUGCCGGCCCUUCGACGCCAGGGCUGAUGGAUAUUGCAGGGGGGAGGCCAUCGCCACUGUGUUCCUCAAGAGGUUGUCACGGGCGGUUGCCGAUGGUGACCCGAUCUUGGGCGUCAUCUCUGCUACUGCCGUGAUCCAGAACGACAACAGCACGCCCAUCUUUGUGCCCAACAGGAGCUCGCUCUCCGCGCUGUUUAGGGACGUCUCUCUCAAGUCACAGACACCCGCGAGCCAGAUAUCGUACGUUGAGGCCCACGGCACAGGAACGCCGGUCGGUGAUCCCAUAGAGUUCGACAGCAUCCAGUCCUUCCUGGGCUCGGGGUCUCGGGGCCUGGACAGCCCACCUGGCCCGGCACAACUGGGCUCUGUGAAAGGGCUCGUUGGGCACACGGAAGGGAGCUCCGGUGUCGUGUCUCUCAUCAAGGUCCUGCUGAUGAUGCACCAUGGCCUGAUUGUCCCGCAGGCCAGUUUCGACAGCACGAACCCGUCCAUCAAGAUCUCGCCAGGGGUGUUGGAAAUCUCCAGACAAGCCGCACUGUGGCGCACAGGGCCGCAGAUUGCCCUGAUCAAUAACUACGGAGCAUCUGGAUCAAACGCGUCCAUGAUUGUGAAGCAGGUGCCCGGGCUGUGGCGCCGAGAUCGUCAUCGUCUACGCCAUGUCCCUGUACACCGCGACGAGGUGCCGUUUUGCAUCAGUGGGCGCCACGAUGGGAGCGUGCGAGCUUAUGCAAAAAGGCUGUGCCGCUUCAUUCUCCGGAGCAGGGACAUCAAUGCGAAAGACAUGAGCCUGGCAGACUUUUCUUUCAACCUGGCCCGGCAGUCCGACUGGUCACUACAGACAGCCGCCAUCUUCACCAGCAGCACGCUCGAGGAGCUGGGCCAGACCCUGGCCGGCAUAGAAGAGGGCAGGAUCUUGCCUGUUCGACUGCCGGAGCCGCAACCCGUUAUUUUUUGUUUUGGUGGUCAGAUCUCGACCUUUGUAGGGCUGGACCGGGCGGUCUACGAGUCCUGCAAGAUAUUGAGGGUUCACCUCGACCGCUGCGAUCGGGUCUGUCAGAACCUCGGAGCAACCAGCAUCUUUCCUGGCAUCUUCCAGCUCGAACCAAUCUCGGACCCUUCUGAGCUACAGCCCAUCUUGUUCUCGAUGCAGUACGCAUGUGCUAUGGCCUGGAUAGAGAGCGGCCUCCAGCCGGCUGCCCUCGUCGGGCAGUCCUUUGGCGAACUUGGCGCCCUCUGUGUGUCGGGCAGCCUGAGCCUAUACGACGCGCUCCGGAUGGUCCUCGGGCGAUCAAGAAUCAUCAGAGACUCGUGGGGCCCUGAGAAGGGGGCCAUGAUAGCCAUCCAGGGCGAGCUGCAGGAUGUGGAGGCCCUGCUGGCUGCUGUAGGCGGGGGGGCCUCUAUCGCAUGCUUCAACGGCCCUCGCAGCUUCACGGUCGCCUCGACGACACGCAUUGCUGAUGCCCUCGAGUCGGUACUACGCAGCCGCAAGGACGGACUUGCUGUUAUCCGGUACAAACGGCUCAACGUUACUCAUGCCUUCCACUCGGGCCUGGUUGACCCUCUCAAGGACAAGCUACAGGAAUUGGGUCGAGGUCUCAGCUUUGCAGAGCCGACGAUCCCACUGCAGCGGGCAACCGAGCUCCCAUGUAACGAGCUACCCAUGGCAGGCUACGUCUGGGAGCAUAUGCGACAACCCGUACACUUCUCUCACGCAGUCCAGCGACUACAGCAGAGAUAUCCUUCAGCCGUGUGGGUCGAGGCUGGGUCGAACUCGAGCAUCACAAACAUGGCUGGCAGGGCCCUGUCCGACCUCAAGAGCCAUGUUUUGCUGCCGGUGAACAUCACCAGUGGGCACCCACUGCAGCAGCUCACAGAGGCCACCAUGAGCCUUUGGGAGGCGGGAAUACGAGCCAAGCACUGGGCGCAUCACAAGUCACAAUCCAGGGAAUACAACUUCAUCUGCCUGCCUCCUUACCAGUUCGACAAGCAGCAUCACUGGCUUACCUUCAAGGAGCCACCCCGAGAUUCACCGCGCCCAGAGGGCGACACACAGAUCGAGGAGACCCAGGACCUGCACACGUUUUUGGCCUACAGAGACAGCAACGAAAAAUGCGCCAGAUUCCGAGUGAACACGAAAACACAAAGAUAUAGAGAUAUCGUGUCUGGACACAUCAUUGCGAGGACGGCACCCAUCUGCCCGGCAACCCUCGAGGUCGAAAUUGCCGUCCAGGCCAUACUCAGCAUUCGUGGCGUGUCUUCUCAGACAAGGUCUAGACCGCAGAUCCGAGACGUGCACAACCUGGCGCCCGUCUGCGAUGGACCCGGUAGGACUGUCUACUUAGAAGCUCAGCCAAUCAGCACAGCACCUGAUGCGUGGGCGUUCAAGAUCUUUAGUAGCGAGCCAGACACGGCCAACAAGACGGUCUUGACGUACGUCACCGGAGAGGUCCAGUUCCUCGAGACGGAAGAUCCAAAGUUGCGCGCGGGACUCGGCCGUCUGGAACGGCUGGUCAGCCACCAGCGGUGUUUGGAACUCCUACAAAGGCAAAAUGCGGACAAUAUACUCCAGGGGCAGGCCAUCUAUAGGCUCUUUUCGGAUGUGGUCGAUUAUGGUCCAGCAUUUCGCGGCCUGCAAAAGCUCGUGGGCCACGGACAUGAGGUGGCCGGCCGAGUCGUGCGCCAGCAGAGCUCCGAGCCCUGGGCCCUUGACCCGUUCCAGGCAGACUGCUUCAGCCAGGUCGGGGGAAUCUGGAUCAACUGCUUCGCCAAUGACAAUCCUGAUGACAUGUUCAUCGCUUGUGGGUUCGAAGAAUGGACCAAGAAUCCGGUGGCCGCUCUUGACCCCGAGCCGAAACACUCGGAUGGCCACAAGGCGUGGAACAUCUUUGCCGUAAACAGCCCGGACCAAGCUGGCAGGAACUUUUUGACAGACAUUUUCGUCUUUGAGGAGAGAUCUGGGCUGCUCGCCGAGGUAAUCCUGGGCAUCAGAUAUUCCAGGGUGACCAAGGCCUCCAUGUCGAGAUUGCUGACCCGCCUCAGCUCUGGACCACCACCGCCGGCCACAGGCGGCGAACUUACCCUGCCCAAAGCAGAGUACCUAGGCAAGGAGCCAGAAUCCAGAAAGGGGCCGCCCAUUGCACCCAUGGAUGUGUCUCUGGGGCCAGGAUGCGCGACUCGUCAGGAGAACGGCGGGACGAGUCUCUCGUGGAAACUCAAGACUGUCCUUGCCGAUCUGAGCGGGAUAGAUGCCAGUGAGAUCAAGGACGCCGUCCAGCUGGCAGACAUGGGGAUCGAUUCGCUCAUGAGCAUAGAGCUGGGUCGAGACAUCCAGUCAAGCUUUGGUUGCAGCCUACCAGCCCACGAGCUGAUGCACAUCGCUGACUUCCCAGGCCUCCUGGCCUGUCUCGAGAAAGCAAUGGGCAUAUAUCAACAACCCGUCGCCGACGCCCAGAACCUGGAGACUACCAGCAGCAGCAGUAGAAGAAGCCCUACUCAAGAUGAAUCGACCGAGAGUUCAGUAAGCAGCGGCGUCAGUGUUGCCUCAGCAUCCAUGCAUACGCCAGCUACUCACACUAUUCUUCAAAUAUUCAAAGACUGCAGGAUACUGACGGAGAAAGCUGUCCAGAAACAUCGGUGUUUGGGAUAUGUGAAGGACGUCCUGCCGAGGCAGGACAACCUCUGCGCUGUUCUUACCGUGGAGGCUUUCAGAACCCUAGGAUGUAACCUGGUCACGGCUGAGCCUGGAGAAGAGCUGGUCCGGAUCCCCCACGCGCCACAGCAUGGGCGCCUAUCGGAUUACCUCUACAGGCUUUUGGAGGACGCAGAGCUCGUCAAGAUCGUCGACGGCCACAUCACCCGUACGGAUACCGCAGUGCCAUCGUCAGGCAGCAGAGAAAUGCUGCAGGAUCUGAUGCGAGACUGUCCUGACCACCACUUCGCAAACCAGCUGGCAUACUGGACAGGCUCCAGGCUCGCAGACGUUGUUCGUGGUAAGGUUGACGGCCUACAGCUGAUCUUUGGCAGUGAGAGGGGGCGCCAGCUGGUCGCAGGCUUAUACGGAGACUCGUUCCUGAACAGGCUAUCUUAUAGCCUGAUGUCAGACUUUCUCAGCAGGCUUUUGAGACAGGUCUAUGGGCUACAUCGGAGUGGCGGCCCCAUCAAUAUUCUCGAGCUGGGGGGAGGGACUGGCGGCACCACCAAGGCGAGUAAUCUGACCAUGGGAUUAAUAAUAUGGCUACUCCCGAUGCUGGCCCAGCUGGGGCUCCCAAUUCGGUAUACAUUCACAGACAUCUCACCCUCCCUGGUCUCGGCAGCACGCAAGGCACUCAAAGGGUACCCCUUUGUGAAGUUCUGCGUGCAGGAUAUCGAGAAGCCGCCGUCCCAUCCGGAGCUCCUAGGAUCCCAGCACAUCAUCAUAGCAACUAAUGUCAUACACGCAACGCACUCGCUGGUAGGCUCGGCCAGGAAUAUACGCCGCCUCUUGCGGGCAGACGGGUUCCUCCUGAUGCUCGAGAUGACUAACAGGCUGCACUGGGUAGACAUGAUCUUUGGCGUCCUGGAGGGCUGGUGGCUUUUUGACGACGGGAGAGAACAUGCCAUCGUGGACCAAGACUCCUGGAAGAGAGCCCUACAGGACGGGGGCUUCGCCCAUGUGGAUUGGACAGAUGGCGCGACCCCGGAGGCCAGCAUCCAGAGAAUCUUUCUUGCCACAGCCUCGAGCCCAGCACGCGAGGCGCCACCUCACCUCUCGUCCUCCGAACAAGAACCGGUACGUGGCCCAGGUAGAAGGAGGUCCUGCUCCCGGGAAGAUGAAGUCAACGGUUACGUGUCAGCCUUUUCGGAGGGAUUCAGCAUACCCAUACCCAGCGCCACGCGAUUCGACAAGACCGAGGCCCCUUCAAGCAGAACAAGAUCAGUACUCGUGACGGGCGCGACCGGGAGUUUGGGCUGUCACUUGGUCGCAUACCUUGCCAAUCUCGACGAGGUUCAAACCGUGUACUGUUUGAACAGGCGCGGCGGUGGCGAUCCGCUGGCACGACAGACCGCGUCGCUGCAGUCAAAGCAGCUCGCCCUCGACGCCACGGCGCAGUCCAAGGUGAAGGUGUUCGAGGGCGAUGCAGCGCAACCUCUGCUGGGCCUGCCUCCUGACGUGCACGAUGAGCUGGUGGACAAUGUCACCCAUAUCAUUCAUAAUGCAUGGCCCAUGAGCGGCAGGAGACCUGUGCAAGGGUUCGAACCACAGUUCAGGGCGAUGCGCCACCUCGUUGACCUCGCCUCAUCGAUCGUGGUGCGUCGUAAUAUAACCCUGCAGCACAAGAUCACGUUCCAGUUUAUCUCGUCCAUCGCCACAGUCGCUUAUCAUCCGUUGGUCAGUGGAUGCGCCGACGUGCCUGAAGAGCGCAUGGACUAUGCCUCGGUCCUGGCAAACGGCUAUGGGGAGGCCAAGUUUAUCUGCGAGCGGAUACUCGACGAGACGCUUCACAGAUAUCCCGAGCGCUUUCGCCCAAUGGUCGUGCGGCUUGGGCAGGUGGCUGGGUCGAAUGUGACCGGGUACUGGAACUCGCUCGAACAUUUCCCAUUUAUCGUCAGAUCAGCGCAGACGCUUGGCACUUUCCCCGAUCUCCAGGGGCCUGUGUCCUGGACUCCGGUCAACGAGGUGGCUGCUGUGUGCACAGAUCUCUUGUUGAAUCAUGAGGAGCCGUGUUAUCCGGUCUACCACAUCGACAGGCGGCUGCAGAUGGGCUGGAGAGAGAUGAUCCCCAUCUUUGUCAAGACGUUACUCAUGCAAAAAGAGGACAUCAUCCCUUUUGGAGACUGGCUGCGGCGCGUGAGGAACUUCCAGGGGCAGGAACGAGAUAAUCCCGCAGUCAGGUUGAUGGACUUCCUUGAGCAGGACUUUGAGCGCAUGUCCUGCGGUGGCGUCCUCCUUGGCACGAGGCACACCCACGAGCACUCGGAAACCUUCAGGCAGGCCAAGAGUCUCGACAGCAAUGCCGUGGUGAGGUAUAUACGCGCAUGGAGGGACACUGGAUUUUUAAACUAA